ACCGUAGCUGUCAUGGUAGAGACCCAAGCAAGGCGAUGAUGGACUAGCCAUAUGUCAUAGUGCCGGCUGUUUGUCUUGUUUGCAACCCGCCGCCCAUCGCGUUUUCGCCGGUUUCGAUUCCCGCGCCGGUUUUCUCCCUCAAUCCCCUUCACCAAAUCAUGAUGCCCAAGAGACAAGCGGAGUUGUCGCUGGAGGAAGACCUCCCGGCAGGCUCCCCUGCAUCCAAGAGAGUCCGCGUGGAGGAUGAAGCCUCCGAACAAGAAACCGCGAGCCAUGGGGCCCUACCGCUGCGCCGAGCCAGUGGACAAGAGACCGAACAGCACGAGCGCAAUGGAGAGAACAUCCUUGCCGCGGCCGAUCAGGAACAGGAGGAGUUAAAUGAAGCAGCACAGGAAGCGGAGAGUGAGUCCUCCGACGGCGACGAGGAUGACGACAAGCCGGUGAUUGCGGCCCCCCAGCGCCAGUCGGAACCCAUGGAGGGCUAUAGCGACCUCUACCUCGAUACGAUCAAUCGCGGAAUCCUCGAUUUCGAUUUCGAAAAACAGUGCUCAGUCAGUUUGUCCAACAUCAACGUAUAUGCCUGUCUCGUGUGUGGCAAAUACUUCCAAGGCCGAGGACCCAAAUCGCAUGCCUACUUCCACGCUCUUGAAGUCGGACACCAUGUCUUCAUUAACAUGGGCACCAAGAAGGUCUACGUUCUCCCGGAGGGAUACGAAGUUCAGAACAAGAGUUUGGAGGAUAUAAAAUACGUGGUAGAUCCCUACUAUAGCAAGGAAGAGGUCUCGAAGUUGGAUAAAGAGGUCCACGAUGCGUUCGAUCUCGCUGGGGCCCGCUACAGACCAGGCUUUGUGGGUAUGAACAAUAUCAAGGCAAAUGAUUACCUUAACGUCGUGGUUCAGCUCUUGGCCCAUGUUUUCCCGAUCCGCAAUUACUUCCUGCUCCAUGAUUUCCCAGCGCUGGGAACGCCACAAUUGGUCCAUCGCUUCAGCACCCUCGUGCGGAAAUUGUGGAAUCCCAAGGCCUUUCGAUCCCAUGUCUCGCCGCAUGAACUAUUACAGGAGAUCGCUAUCCGGUCAUCAAAACGUUUCACCCUCACUCAACAGUCCGACCCGGUGGACUUCCUGUCUUGGUUCCUCAACAAUCUACACUUAGCCCUCGGGGGUUCCAAAAAGCCCUCGAAGAACCCAACAAGUGUGAUUCAGGCCGCUUUCCAGGGCCAUUUGAAGAUCGAAAGUCAAGCGAUCACGGCUCAUUCUGACACCCAAAACGCCCGUCUGGUCUUCACCGAGUCUGGCACCAUCAACAGCCAAACCAUCCCCUAUCUCAUCCUCACUCUGGAUUUGCCGCCGACUCCUCUAUUCCAGUCCGCCAACCGCGAAUCCAUCAUCCCCCAGGUCCCGUUGACCACACUCCUGAACAAAUACAACGGAAUCACAGCCUCGGAGAAACUAGCCCAUCGAGUCCGGCAUCGCCUCCUCCACCCCCUCCCGCCUUAUCUCUUCUUCCACAUCAAACGAUUCAGCCAGAACCGGUUCGUCUCGGAACGGAACCCCACGAUUGUCACCUUCCCGUCUCCUCGCUCCCUGGACAUGUCUCCCUACGUCGAACCGAACCCUGAGAUCUGGCCGCCAGGCGAGCCGAUCCUCUACGAUCUUGUGGCCAACAUCAUUCUAGACCCCACGACGGCCGCCCCGGGAGCAACCGAGGAGGCGGCAGCGGAUAAGGGCGUUAACGCGGCCGGCGGGUCAUCGUCUUCCGGGGCCGGCGGAGGCAGCGAAAAGGUUGCCUGGCUUGUCCAGCUUCACGAUAAGGCGAUGGAGGCGGAGAACACCCGGCACCAGGCCCAGCACGCUGGAGAGCAGCGGGGACCGGAAUGGCUGGAGAUCCAAGAUCUGUUUGUGAAACGAGCCGAAAGUGAGACCUUGUUCACCAGGGAAGGAUAUUUGAUGGUCUGGGAGCGCCGGAAGGUUCCUGGCAUGUCGAACCGAAAGGGCAAGGCUGCUGCUAAAUAAGUAAAAGGAAAUCAAUGAGAUAAAAAAAAAGACAUUUAUGCAUGCAAGUUUCUCUUUUGCCGCUUAUUGCGAUUAAGGAUAACAUCAUUCAAGAAUAGUAGCAUGGGAAAUGA